CUGAUGCCUCUGUUUGAUCCAGACUCUGGACUACUUAUUGUGUCUGGGAAUGGUGAGAGUGUGAUCGACUGUUUCGAGGUGAACAGCAGUGAGCCCUUCCUGUCUCAAGUGAGUCACUGUUUGACGGACGUGUCGACUCGUGGCGUGGCUCUGGUGCCGAAGCUCGCUCUGGACGUCAGCUGCUGUGAGGUUUUGCGUCUGAUGCAGCUCACUGAUAACUUCAUAGUGCCCAUCAGCUACCAGGUGCCUCGCAAGGUAUGAAGGAGUGAACACACCACCGACACUGAAUAAACACAUCCAGGUCUGCCAAAC